CCGUCACUCGCCCGCCGCCGCCCUGGAGGCUAUUCUAGGGCCUGCAGCUCCGCAGGUUUCCGCGCGCCCCCAGCGCCGCCGCCUUACCAUGAGUCCCGUGAGUCGUCGCACGCUGGAGUGGAUUUAUUCAGCGCUGCUCCUCGGGGUCGUGGUGCUCUCCUGGGGCUAUGUCAUCUACGCCUCCACUGUGGCUGCGCGGCGCCAGCUCGGGAAGGAAUACCCGGACCAGAUGUUCGCCAGGAGUGAAAACUUGUGAUUCUGGAAUCCUGUGAGAGACACAGUGUACUCCUCACGCUUGCUUACAUGAUACCGACCCAGUUUUUAACAUUAAAAUUCAUCAUACGAAGAUUGCGCAUUUCCCUUCUUCGUCCAUUGUUCUUCGUAGUUAAUCAUUAUUUUGCCAGUUUUUCAGGGACUUACAGGCUUGUCUUUUUACGUUCUCCCAUCAGAAAAAAAUUUAAAAAACACAACCUAGGCCAGAUGGCUUGCCUUGAGUUACCAGAUUAGAGAGGUGAUGACGGGCUUUUCAAUCUAGUUUCUAAAAAAUAUUUCUUUCAGAAUGCCUCAGAAAGACUUAAGGUAAAAAGGCAUGGAGUUUCAGUUCUUACAAUUAUAUUUUAUUCUGUUGCAUAGCUUCACAUCAGACUAGACUGAAGUGCUAACUGUAUUAUUAAAAAACAAACACAAACUAUGUGACAAAUUUUCUAGAUCCUGUUUCUCAAGAAUGUCCAGAAAAAGUAGAUGUCAUUACUCAAACCAUUUUAUCAGCAUGUUCAUUUUUUACUUAGUUAAAUAAUUGAAUCUCAAAUUGUACAGUGUUUGGGAAGAAGUAGACACAUACCAGACAGUAAACUUUAUUAAAGUUACUUUUCCAGAAAAUAUAUUCAGUAAAUAUGGUGUAGUAGUAAUAAACUUGGGCUCCUAAGCCUUUGAAAUUUGAAAGUA